AUGUCUGACGAUAAUAAGCAAUUAGCUCUAGCUGAAAAGGAUCUCGGUAACCAGGCCUACAAGAAGCGCGAAUUCGAUGUCGCUCUCGGUCACUAUGACAAGGCAUACGAAUUGGAUAAUACCAACAUUACCUUUUUGACCAACAAAGCUGCCGUUCUUUUUGAACAAGAAAAGUUUGAAGAUUGUAUCAAGGUCUGUGAGGAUGCCAUUGAACGCGGUCGUGAGUUGAGAUGUGAUUACAAAUUGAUUGCCAGAGCUCUUCAACGUAUCGGCAAUGCUUACUCCAAGUUGGAUAAUUUGGACGAAGCCAUCAAAUACUAUGGUAAAUCUUUGACUGAACACCGUACUCCUGAAACUCUCCAAAAGCUUCGUGAUGCUGAGAAGCUCAAGAAAGAACAAGAGAAGGCUGCUUACUAUAAUCCUGAACUCGCUGACAAGGCUCGUGAGGAAGGCAAUGCUCUCUUUAAGGCUGCCAAGUGGCCUCAAGCUAUUGAACAGUACACCGAAGCCAUCAAGCGUAAUGAUAAGGAUGUCAGACCCUACUCCAACCGUGCCGCUUGUUACUUGAAGUUGAUGGCUAUUCAUGAAGCCGAGAAGGAUGCUGAUAAAUGUAUUGAACUUGAUCCCACUUUCGCUCGUGGCUAUAUCCGUAAGGCUGCUGCUCAACUUGUCAAGAAGGAAUUCCAAGAGUCUAUUGAUACCCUCAACUUGGCUAAAGAGCAUGACAAGGACGGAAAGUGUGCUCGUGAGAUCCAACAACAAAUGAUGAAGGCUUACACCGCCAUGAACCCCAUGUCAGGUGCUGGUGCUGGCGAAUCACAAGAAGAGACUCUCAAGAGAGCUGCCCAAGAUCCUGAGGUUCAACGUAUUCUUGGCGACCCUGUCAUGCAACAAAUUCUCCAACAAAUGCAAGAAGAUCCCAAGGCCGCACAAGAGCAUUUAAAGAACCCUCAAAUUGCUGCCAAUGUCCGUAAAUUGAUGAGCGCUGGUGUCAUUCGUAUGGCCUAA